AUGGCGAGCCCGGCGACCAUCGCCGUCCAGGAUACGACGGUUCUCUUCUCCAUCCAGCGGUAGAAGACCCUCCGCGCCAUCUCCAGCUCCCCACACUUGGCGUAGGCGUCCAGGAGGGCGUUGCCGACGGCGACGAGGUGCCGGAGCCCGGUCUUGUCCAGGCGGCCGUGAAGGGACCUGGCGAACGCCAGCGCGCCCGCGUGGGCGCACGCCGAGAGGACCGCCGUGAGGGUGACCUCGUUCGGGCGGCAACGCGCUCGCAGCGACUCGCGGAAGAAGAGGAACGCCUCCUCGAAGUCGCCGUUCCCGGCGUGCCCGGCGAUCAUGGUGCUCCACGAGACGGGGUCCUUCUCUGGCAUCUGGUGGAAGAUCCUUGCCGCCGGGGGAAGCUCCCCAGACCUGAUGUGCCCUACGAGCAGGAGGUUCCAGGAGGUCGAGUUCCUUGCUGGCAUCCGCAAGAAGAGGGCCUCCGCGGCGGGCACGUCGCCGCACCGGAGGCAGGCCGUGAUGGCGGCGUUCCACGCCACCACGUUCCGCUGGGGCAUUCCGUCGAAGACCCUCAGGGCGGCGUCUCCGUGGCCGCACUCGGCGUACAAGCUGACGAGGGUGGUGGCGACGUAG